AAUAAUUUAUCUUACCAAAAAAUUAGUGCUCAGGCCAAUCCUGUACUCGGCAAAAACAAUUCUUCUUUAACCUUAUUUUUUCCAAUUUUUUCAAGCGGAAUAUUCCCACAGUAUUUUUAUUUGGUUUUUAUGUUUUUAAACUUCGAUCUCCAGUCGAUUGUUUAGGUUGUGAUUAGUUCAUUCUUAAAUUAGCCCAUUCAAUCUACGAAAAAAUGUUUUUUACUGUAAUAGGCAUCGGUGUGUUCACUUACGGCGCUUUAUACACCCUUUUAACCUGUUUAGCCGAUUGCGAUUUAGAAUUAUGGCUUUACGAAAAAUUCGGAAAAUCGCCACGAAGACUAAAAGGGAAGGUGGUCUUCAUCACUGGAGCAUCCAGUGGCAUCGGAGAAUACACCGCAUACGCCUUAGCCAAAUUCGGAGUAAAACUAACCCUAUCCGCAAGAAGACUGAACGAAUUAAAAAGAGUCAAAACCAAAUGUCUAGAACUCUCCAAAGGCCAAUUAGAAGACAAAGAUAUCCUGUUGCUACCGAUGGAUGUAACCGAUUGUGCAUCGCACAAGAGCCAGUUUUCCAAAGCAGUCAGUCACUUUGGUAAAAUAGAUAUACUGCUGAACAAUGCGGGCAGGUCUCAGCGGGCCAAUUGGGAGGAAAUCGAGCUGGAAGUGGACAAGCAACUGUUCGAUCUCAACGUAUUCGCUGUGGUUAAUUUAACUAGAGUAGCCCUCGAGCAUUUCAAUGCAACGGGCGAAGGACACGUCGCUGUUGUUUCCAGUGUAGCCGGAGUCAUAGGAGCUCCGUACUCCGGAACGUACACCGGAUCGAAGCAUGCCAUUCACGGGUAUUUCAACAGUUUGAGGAUAGAAAAUAUGCGUAAAAACCUGCACGUUACGCUUUUGUGUCCGGGGCCGACUUUUACGAAUUUUUUGGGGGAAGCCUUCACCGGCAAAGCUGGAGAGAAAUUAAAUUCGUCCGUUCAAGAGACUGAUAAACGAAUGACAGCCGAACGGUGCGGUUAUUUAAACGCUGUUGCUCUUGUAAAUAAAACGCAGGAGUCCUGGAUGGGGCUAUUUCCUAUUAUCCCGUUAAUUUACGUGUCUGUGUAUUUCCCAGUGUUAUUUAAACUGGCUGUCAAAGUUAUAGGACCGCAAUACCUCUUUAAAUUGAGAGAUAGUAAAACAUUGGACCAGAACUUGCACAAAGACUGAAGGUGGAGGGUUUAGUAUUUAGUAUCAAAUCGAUCACACUCAUAAUUAACCUUUUUUUUAAACAAUUUCUUACUCUAACGCAUAAUUUUCCAAUAGUUCCUAAAACCCGAAAUUCCUAAAACCGAAUUAGUCGAUAAUAACAUCGAUAAAAUAUAUUAACGAAUAUUUUAUUACUAAAUCUAAGUUACAAUUAAUAAACGUUUUGUUCAAUGUGUUCUUUCCUUUUCUCCUUUCCCCUCAAAAUGGCGGCUUUGAAUAAUUUGCAGUAGAGCUCGACGGACGUCGGGGAGUCAUCGUUUCCCGGUACAGGGUAAGUCAGCAAAUUGGGGUUGCAAUUCGAAUCGACAAUACCGAUUGUAGUAAUCAACAUUUUGGCUGAAUCCCUGAUAGCCGUGUGUUGAAUUAGCACAUUGUUCAAAGUGUUUAAGAAUAUACACAAGUCGGGGAGUCUGGUAACGCAUCCGAAUUGUUUGGUUGAAUUCGUGAAUAUCCCUCCUCUCCAGAACCUGGUGUGCGCGAAUUCCCCGCACUCUUUGGCCGUUUUCUCCACCAAGUAGGCAUGCUGGGCUCCUCGGUUGAAGAAUAAUAUUACACCGUCCCGAUAAGCUAUCUGAGCUGUUACGUUCAACGCAGUCCUCAAAUACUCCGCCGUUUUGUCCAGAUCGAAGAUGAUGUGUCCCAAUCUACUGCCGUAGAUGUACGGCAGCAUUUUUUCGUCCAGGGAACCGUCCCGGUGUCCGAAAUGCACCCGGGCAUCGAAUAAGUCUUUUACGGUGAACAGAUUGUGGACGCGGAAGUAAUCGGGGUGCAGCAGGACUUCGUCUCUCAUCCUCUUGGGGGCUGGAAGUUAUUAUUUUAGAGGGAUAUUCGAGAGUGCUGUGAUACGAGUACCUUUGUCCUGCUCUAAUUGUUGCCGGUGGUUUGCUGAGAGAUACAACGAUCUCAGGUUGGCGAAUGUGGUGUUAUUAAUUCUUUUCAACAUUUUGUGGUGGUUUAAUUGAGAAUAUUGAGAUUAUUUUAAAUUGAAAACAUAACCUAAAAUAUAUUCACAUUCAGACAG